AUGGAUCGUCGCACUAGUUUCGCCGUCCCGAGGGUCCGCGUGAGUAUCCCCAACCUGCUGCCGACCCUGUUCGAGCCGCAGAAUGCCACACCGUACCCAAAGGCCGAUGUUGGUGAUGACAACGCAGCAUUGCCGGAGCGUCGCCUCACCGUGCUGGCUCUCCAGUUGGCGUUGCUUGAGAAGGCGGCGAGCCGACUGGGCACACUGGCCUUCAUUUGGGCCACGGUGGUGCUCCUCGGCGGCUUCGCGAUCACGCUGGGCCGCACCGACUUCUGGUGCAUCACGGUCCUCCUCCUCAUCGAGGGCACCCGCAUCCUGGGCCGCAGCCAUGAGCUAGAGUGGCAGCACCAGGCCAUCUCCUGCGCCCGCGCCGUGCAUACCUUUUCGUGGAUGCAGCUGCUCUCGGCGUUGGCGUGUGUGUCCCUCUCCCUCCUACGCCUCCUCCACCAACACUACGGGGGCAGCGAGGAAGCGCGAACAAACCGCAGCGCCGCGCUCAACAUCUUCUAUGGCCUCGCGCUCGCUGAGGCACUCCUAUUCCUUGUCGAGAAGGCGCUGUGGGAAUGGAAGGUGGGUCACUGCCGCCUCCUGGAAAGCGUGGCCGCCGACUAUAACCUCGCACCUAGUGCCGGCGAGGUCGGCAUCCGCCUCUUCUUCUACAACUCUUACUCGCGAUGCCUUGAUGGGAGCAUCUUCGACGGCCUUCACAUGGACCUCGUCUCCUACGGCGACAACCUCGUCACAUCGGGCUCCCAUUACGAGCAAAGUGUCGGCGCCGGCAUCCUCGUCGCGCUCGCUGAGUCCAACCGCUUUUCUGAUGCCACACUGCGCAAGAUUGGCGUCUCUGCGCCCACCAUCGAGCGUCUCAUCGAGAUGCUCAGCUGGAAGGACUUGUCAGAUAGGGAAGUCCGGCGGUCGGCGGCAGUGGCCGUGUCCAUGCUCACGGGAAAGAAGGUCAUCGCGCUCCGCAUAACCGGCAUCCCAGGAGCAAUUGAAUCCGUGGCAUCACUGCUCUAUGCCGACCAAGACGAACUCAACCUACUCGGCCUCUCCAUCCUAAAAAAUUUGGCGCACGACCACGACAACUGUGACAAGAUUGGCAGCACGCGGGGACUUCUUGACAAGAUCAUCUCCUACUCCAGCCUCGACCAUGGUCUGGCGCCGACAACGCCGAGAGACAUGAGGCUCAAGGCUGUGAAGCAAUCUCUCCACGUGGUGAAGAGGUUGGCUAGCAUGACAGGGAACACGGGGAAGCUCCUCCGGAGAGAGCUCACCGACAUUGUCUUCACCGUGAGCAACAUCAGGGAUGUUCUGCAGCAGCAAGAAAAGAAGUUCCAGCUCGAGCUGCACCAGCUGGCGAUUGAGAUACUCACGAGCCUCUCCAUGGAUGACGAGGCGAGGGAACUCAUAGGCGGUACAGGUGGCAUGGUGAGCGUGCUAGUCGCCAUGUUUUUGCAACCGAUGGCGAUUACGGAGUGUCGACAGCCAAACACCAUCCGGGUGGAGGCUGGCGAGGCGCUUGCGAUGUUGGCCCUUGAGAGUAAGAAAAACUGCGGCACGAUCAUAAUGGCUCUCGGGGGAGGGGUAGGACGGCUCAUGGCUGCCCUGAACGACCCCGUCGUCAUCAUAUGGGCCGCGAGGAUCCUACACAACCUAUGCUCCUACGCCGGCGAUGAGUGGCAACUCCCAUUGAAAGGGGUCACUACCGGUGCCACCAAGGUGCUGAGGACCAUCAUGGUGGAGAAGGGGAAAAUACUUAACAUCUUUCUCAGGCUUGCCGCCCAGAUGAUCAGGUAUAUGGAGCCAGGGGAGCUCUGUGCAAGCCUCGCCAUGGCAAGCGUGGUAGAUGAGGGGCUAGCAAGGACGCUCGUGCAGGUGCUGCAGGAGUAUAGCUGCCCGUCCAUGGACAUGCCUCGGGUCCGCCGAUACACCAUCGAGCUCGCGGUCGCCAUGAUGCGGUCAGAUGUGCGUUACGUGGCCCUCUUCGUGGAGCUUGGGCUGGAGGACCAGCUAAGGCACGUGGCUGCAACCACUUCGAUGCUCGAGUGCUUCAACGUCUUCUCCGGGAGCGUUGGGCUCGGCCACCACGCUGUCAGCAUCCACACCCUUGUCGAGUCGGCAUUGGAUGUGAUGAAGGGCUGA